AUGAAGGGCGGCCCUCGCGAGAAUCGCCCGCCGUUUUUCAAAAGCGUCCGGAACUAUUUCAGGGAGUACUGCCAAUGCUCCAGCAUACACGGAUUUCGGUACUUCGGGGAGAAGAGGACGCAUUUCGAACGAGUAUGGUGGUUCGUGGUGUUCAGCGUGACAUUGGCAGGGUGCGUGAUGUCCAUAAGGAUGGUAUACAAAAGAUGGGUGAGAAGCCCUGUAAUCGUGAGCUUCGCUACCAAAGAAACCCCCAUUUAUUCCAUCCCCUGGCCCGCCGUCACCAUUUGCCCCGAAUUCAAAUCGAACCAGAACGUCUACAGCCACUCGAACGUGGUGCAGAAGUUCGCCAGUAACCAGUCGCUCACCCAGAAGGAAGAGAAAAUCCUCCAGUACAUGGGGCUAAUAUGCGACGACAACGAAAUCAUUAAGUACACCGACGAAGAACUAACUUUUACCGAUGAUUUUUAUAAAACUUUGGAGGAGAUCAGUGAAGGAGUUUUCCCGUUCCAAAGUUGCGAAUACUUCGGCUUCAAACUCGAAGGAAAAGAUUGCCUGACCUGGUUCAGGCCCAUAAUCACCGACGAAGGAAUUUGUUACACAUUCAACGUCUUGGACAAACACGAGAUAUUUAAAGAUCCAUCCUGGUUGCCGGACAAUUACUACAAAGCCGAUAAAAGUGCGCUAGGUUUAUGGACAAUGGAUGGGGGUUAUUCGAGAAGCUCAGACUUGCACGCCUAUCCAAGGCGGGCUUUACUUGCUGGGGCAACUAACGCCCUAUCAGUAACCUUAAAUAUGUCUUAUUUCAAUAAAGACUACAGUUGCAAAAAGGCGCGUACUGGUUUCAGGGUAACUUUACACCUGCCUUCGAGAGUGCCUAGACCUAGUCAAGACUACUUUCAAGUACCAUUAAAUGAAAUAGUGUUGGCUGCGGUCCGUCCGGAAUUGACUACAACUGAUCCUGACAUUGAAAUCUACAACCCCUCGAGGAGAGAAUGCUAUUUUCCCGACGAAAAGGAACUCAAAUUCUUCAAAUUGUACACCGCCAGAAAUUGCGCUUUGGAAUGUCUCACUAACUACACUUUAAACAUCUGCGGAUGCGUUAACUUUUACAUGCCCAGAGAUAAUGCUACGGAAAUGUGCGGCAUAGGCAAAGCGAAUUGCAUGAAGGAUGCGCAAUUUAACUUCGAACUGGCGGCGCUGCGGAUGAAAAUACACCAAAACAAUCAAUCAAACAUAAGCCCGUCGGAAAUGAAAAAUUUUCUCUACGAUUAUCAACAAGGAUGCAACUGCAUGCCGACUUGCACGGAUUUGACCUACAAUGUGGAAACAUCGCAGAGCAAACUGGAUUACGUGAGAGCUAUGAAGGUCGAGCAGGCCGAUAAGUCCUUUAAUGCCGACCUUGACACCUACUAUGUAUCGAAAUUGAUCCUGUUCUUCAAGUCCUCGCAAUUCAUUGGGUCCGAGAGACACGUAUUGUACGGCCCGACGGACUUUCUGGCGAAUUUCGGCGGUUUGCUGGGGCUUUUUACGGGAUUUUCGAUACUCUCUCUGAUGGAAGCCAUUUAUUUUUUAACAGUGCGGUUGUGCUGCAAUUCGAGGCUGUACGGUUACUGGGCUGGGCCGGAUAAAUGA